AAAAAUGGGUUGCCGGUGAAGUUAACUACUUAACCUACAGCCGUUUGCAGGUGUUAAGUCAUCUUCACAGAUCCGAUGCCAUAAACAAACCCUAAAAUCAUUUUCCGAUGCCAUUUCCUGAAAUCGAAAUCUAGUCAUUGAAAAUUAAGAAAUGAUGGGAGCUUUGCAAUUUGGCAUCCUCGCUGCAUGUGUCGUACUCUUCGUCCCUAUGGGAAUGGCCGGAUGGCAUCUCAGCCGCAAUAAAAUGCUCUUCUUCAGUGGGGCCCUCUUCAUCACUCUCGCCGUUGGCGUCCACCUUACACCUUACUUCCCUUCUGUCUCCGACGUCAUCUCCUCCUUCUCAUCCCCCGCUGUCGUCUUGGAAGACAGAGAUUCCUGCACCUCCUUCCUCCAUGAUAUUUCCUGGGACGACAACUCGAUUGUGGUUAGUGAUUUCUCAUUGAAUUCUUCGGAUUAUGGUGAACCGUGGGCAUGGACAAAUUCUACGUCUGUAAUUGCAUGUGGGUUUUCGAAAUUGGGUCGAUCUGACGCUUUGGAUCUCCUCAAUGGGUCGUGGGUCGUCAUAGCUGGGGACUCCCAGGCCCGUCUAUUUAUUCUUGCUCUGCUCAAUUUGAUGUUAGAUUCAACGGAAAUGGAGUCAGUCAGACGGGAUUUGUUUAAACGGCACAGCGAUUAUCAUAUUGUGAUUGAAGAGAAUGGGGCGAAGUUGGAUUUUAUCUGGGCACCAUAUCCGAUGAAUCUGACUGGUUUGGUUAAGGGAUUUCAACGCGAACGGCAGUAUCCGGAUGUGCUGGUAAUGGGUUCUGGUUUGUGGCAUAUGCUGCGUUUUACUGAUGCGUCGGAUUUUGGGGAUUCACUGGGGUUGCUGAGGAGAUCGGUGGCAUCGUUGUUGCCGAUUGUUUCAGAAUUUGGGUCUGAUGGGCCGGUUACAGGGUCUGUUUCGGUUCAAUCUCCCCACAUGUUUUGGCUCGGUAUGCCGACACUCAUAAAUUCAAUGUUGAAUACGGAAGAAAAGAAGGAGAAGAUGACUCGAGUGGUUUGCAAUGCUUAUGACCGUGAGCUUGAUGAGAGCAAGCUUUUGCGUCGAUUGGGUGGGCCAUUUAUGUUGCUGGAUAUUGAGUCACUUAGUCGUAGUUGUGGGUCACGAUGUACAGCUGAUGGGAUGCAUUACAGUGGAGUAGUCUAUGAAGCAGUCGUUCAUAUAAUGCUCAAUGAGUUGCUAAUUGAAUCUCGGCAGCGGAUUUGGGGUUGAUUUUCAUUCUUUGAGGUGGUUUCCUUCAGUAGAUAGAAAAACUGACUCUGGUGGACUUCAUAGAGAGUUGUACUACUACAAUCUCAAAGAAAAUAACAUGAUAAUUCUCUCAUAUGCAAUUUCAAGAUGAAAUUUUUGAAAAAGUCAUCUUGGGAGCAUGAAGUAUUGCAUUGAUGUGGAGCUUCUAGAGUUGGCUUUGUUCUGUGACAAGCAACACUUCGAAGCAAGAGACAUCCAAGGCAAAGAAUUACAGCAGAUGAACUCAAACAGACUACGUCGCCUUUCCUCACUGUUUCAAGACAUUAAUGCACUUGGAAGGUAUGUGGUGCAGGCUUGAAGUUGACUCAUUUAUUGGAUGCUACAGAAGGUCUUUGUUUCUCUACACGUCUGCUGCACAGGAUGCGCUAUUGGAUGCUGUACAUGACUCAUCACAAUAAGGUCACGGGGUAUGGCAAACUAGGGGGCCCGUUUGGAUUGCUAAUUACAUCGGUAAUGUAUUGUAAUAAGUGUCAUCAUUACGAUUUUACAAUGUUUGUUUAAACACAUAAUUUGGUGGUCAAAUGCAGAUGUAAUAGCAAAUAGGCAAAUGAAUUUGUAAUCAUUACAAUUUUACAUAUUAUUGCAAUGGAAAUCUCUUAUCCAAACACACACAUCAGUGUAUUUUUGUCUAUGAUUUGACAUUAAAGUAAUAUAAAAUUAUCAUUAUUAGUAUUUUAACAUGCC